CAAUAGACAACGAUAUGGCACAUCCAAAGGUUCUGUUCAAGAUCAUGAACCCAGAAAGUGACUGGGAUAAAGUUUCGUUGGAAGAAGUUGUUGAUGUGGUUGACCUCAAAGAAACGAUCAAGAAAGAGGUAUAUCCUGUUCUUAACGCCUAUUCUGUGUGUCAACUUGUUAUUAGGGCCACGAAAAUAGAAGACAAAGAAGCAGAUAACGCAACAGAACAAGGUGGAGAAAAGAAGCUAGUUGAUAUCCUCAACGACUUUAUGGUUCCGUAUAGCGAUGUUUCAAUCAAGGAAUCCUUCGCUGAAAAUAUUAGGCUAUUUGUUUAUGUUCGUAGCGCAUUAAUAAGUGGAGUUUCAGGAAUGGGAGAAAUGCUUUCUGAAAUUGGAUUGCAAGUUGUUCCAAAAAAACGAUCUUACAAAGAGGCCAUUGGUAUUGACCGUCUCGUGGUUAUUUCUGAAGAGCGAUUAUCUGAGUUCAAUCGGCAAUGGGAUCUAUACAAAAUCAUUCUUCUGCGUAGCCCACCAGGUUCGGGGAAGACAACAUUCGCAAAAUGGAUCGAAUUAAACAACAAAGAUCACGUUCGUGUGGUUCGCCGCAUUUCAAUGAGUCAUUUAAAUAGAAUCUCUGGCGCUUUUGAAAAUGAGAAUAUCUUCAAUGCUUCCUGGAAGAGAUUUGCUGGAGAAACUUGGACAAACUGCCUCCAUAGCACAACGCCAACAGAUAUUCUAAUUGAUGAAGCUCAAAUUCUUUAUUGCAAAGCAGCUUUUUUUUGGAAUGACAUUAAGAACCUCCAAGAUCGCCCCAAUCACAACUUGCGUGUGAUUUUAUUAAGCAUGUACAGCGAUUGCCCAACGGUAAAUGGAGGUGAAAAUUACACACCCAUCGAAUUUCAGCAUGCACUGGGAAUAGAGCAGCUACACAACGUGCGCGAUGCAAUUUUCAAUGCAACAGCUGGACAUCCCCACCUUGUGAGGAAGUCACUGCGUAAUCUGAAAAGUUAUUGCCGUCGUGGCAACAAUGAUGCCAUUGAUAUGCUUCUUUAUUUAGUCUCUUGCGAUUAUUUCUGUGCCAUUGAAAAAACACGUGUUUUUGACUGGUUAAAGAAUUUGGAACUAACAAGUGAUGACGCCAAUUUUUUGAGAAACGCAUAUUACAAAGUCGAUUCUGCUUCAACUUUUACUUUCGAUCCACACGAUCAGGAGAUGUAUCAAACUGCCAAGAAAUUCAAACGUUCGGGUUUGAUCACAGAGGCACUAGAAGAACGUUUUCAGUUUGCUGCACCAAUCGUGCGUAUUAUACUGGGAACCAAAUUGUUCAAGGCACGCACAUCACUUACGCAGUCAAUUGCAGUCGUAAUGAGGGUGCGUUUGAUAGAGAGACAGUGGCAAAUCGAGUGGUUAUUAGCUGCAACGUCCGCUGUGCCAACAGGAAACUCAAUCAACCCUGAUGUUGGUCAAGUGUACGGAACUCCAGGUUAUCUUGAUUUCUACAUUAAUGGCAAGCUAAAUUGGGGUGUGGAACUUAUGAGAGAGGGUAAAAAGAUGGCAGACCAUAUCGAUCGUUUUGGAAACGAAGGCAGAAACAAAAAUAUUCCGUUUGAUCGGUGGGCAAUUAUUGAUUUUCGGCACAAUUCCAAUGUGCCUAAGAAACUGGAGCCUAAUGUCUGGUAUGCUCUGUAUGCGGACAACUAUAAAACCAUUACUGUUCGGCGUCAAGGCCAUGAAGAUGUGAUUCUGAAUCUAUGUGGUGAUAGUUCGCUUUCUUCUUUUCAGUCAACCUAA